UGUGUAGGGCUCCCUGUCGGCCUGAUGCCUCAGGAUCCUGCAGACCAGAUGUGAAUCCAAUGGAUCCGGUCUAAUCUUGGUCCAAAGGGGCUUUAACCUAGUCUAAAAAGGCUGACUGUUUGCUGCAGACUUUCUAGGAAACUCCGUGGCAACUGCUGGCAGACCGGACAGCUCCACACACCCCGUACCAGACUUGCCAUCGCGUCUGGUGAGAAGACCCACGGUGCAACCUGUGACAUUGGAUAAUGGCAUAUGGCCACAUGGAUGUAGCCAGGGAGUGUCUCCUCAUUCUUUUCCUUUGAAGUUUAAACCCACCAGAUCUGUUUUCCUGAAGCAGUGUCUGUGAAGUAAAUACAUGAACUGUCAAAGUUGUAGAGAAGAGUUGGCCAAUAGGCUCACGUAAACCACUCUGCCAUAGAGGUAUAUUACAUUUGAAAGAAUUACCACAUUGGCGGUACGGUGUGUUUUGUCCAAAAAUCAAACUGCCGCCCGUAAGGCCAGUGGCCACAAUAAAAGAUCUUCUGUCCCAUUUAUCAGACUGGCUUCACUUUUUUCACUUAUAUCCUUUAAAUGCAUCAAAGAAAUUGGACUUGAACAGAGAAAUAAUAACCUAAAUGUUAUUUUGGGUGUUGAAGGCUCCACCUCCAAGAUAAAACCAGAAUAAACAUGGCAAAUUCUUGCUCGGUGGCCAACUGCCAAAACCGCCGUUGGCACGGCACUCAUGUCACCUUUCACAGGUUUCCUCUUACAAAGGAAGGCCAAUUAAAAAAAUGGCUUGCAAAUAUAAGACGUCCAAACUUUUCUCCAUCGUACACUGAUGUUGUUUGUUCUGAGCAUUUCAAAAAGACUGAUUUUUGGGCAAAUGUGGCUUCUGGGAGAAGAGUCCUAAAGCCUGGAGCAGUCCCAACUCUAUUUAGGAUACCUGGCCGACUAAAAAGGGGUGUUAAAAGGGUUAGCACUAGGAAGAGACUGACCCUCACCCAGCGUAAGGCACCAGUUCCCAAACCAAGCCCUCCACCAGAACCUGGUGACAGCGAAGUUCAAGCAUCAUUCUCCAAGCGUGAGAUCGUGAUACUAGAACAUUCCUACUCUACUCCAGCAAGCCCAGCUUCCUCUGCCUUAGAUCUUCGGGUAGCAUCUAGACGGGACCAAGGCUCAGCAGACUUUGAAGCCCGAAAAAGCCUUCGUCUUCUCCAGGCUAGGACCAAGAGAGAAUUCAUGGAAAAACCAACACAAAAUGUCCCAGAAGAGCAGGCCAUCAACCCUGAUGUACAGCGCCUGCGUUUCCGGAGCUUCUGCUACCACGAAGUCGAGGGGCCCCGUGAGGUGUGCAGCCGGCUCUGGGAUCUUUGUCACCAGUGGCUGAAGCCAGGAAGACACACGAAGUUGCAGAUGCUAGAGCUGGUGAUCCUGGAGCAAUUUGUGGCCAUCCUGCCCCAGGAGGUGCAAGAACACGUCAAGGAAGAGGGGCCAGCAAAUUGUGACCAGGCUGUAGCCCUAGCAGAGGAUUUCCUGAAGAGUCAGCAAGGUCAGAAGGAGGUGGCAGCUGAUAUCUCCAAGACAAAAAAACCUCCCUUGGACACAAGCCCUCUGAAGAAGGGGGAUGAAAAUGCUCCUGAGCUAGAAAAUGAGCCGGCAGAAGAGACCCAGGUGGAGAGCAAUCAAAAUGAAGGCCUUAUUGUGUCAGAAGAAGGAUUGGCCCAGGAAAACGUCUCCUUUGUGACUGAGACUGUUGAAAGUGAGGUGUGGGGUUGCAGUGCUUCAGGGGAUCCUUGUGUGGCAUCACCAAAUGAAAGUGAGGGGGGAAAUGCACAAGAGAAUUGUGGGAAUGCGGAGGAAAAUGACAUGCCUGAAAAGAAGAUAAUGCCAGAGAAUGACCAAGUACAGAAGAAUGAAGUGGAAAGCUGUCAAAUGAAAAGAUCUGAGCAAGCAGACACUGGCAGUGGAACGUCACUGGAAGAGGCUGAAGGGGAUGAAUUGCAGGGUCUUAACCUCAGUUUUUAUGAAAGGGCUCAUGAGGGAGAGGAUCCAUAUGGAUGUUCCAAGUGUGGGGAAAGCUUCAGUGAUAAAUCACUCCUUCUUGAACACAGAAGAUCUCAUCUAGGAGACAAGCGAUAUGGAUGCUCUUUGUGUGAAGAAAGAUUCAAUAAGAAAGGACAGCUUAUUGCACAUGAGAAAUCUCAUAUAGGAGAGAAACCUUAUCAGUGCUCUGACUGUGGAAAAUCCUUUGGUCAGGAAUCAUCCCUUAUCACACAUCAGAGGACUCAUACUGGAGAGAAGCCAUACGAAUGCUUGGAGUGUGGGAAAAGCUACCCAUGGAAAACAUCCCUUGCUGUACACCAGAAAAUCCAUGCAGGAGAGACUUUCUCAUGCCCACUGUGUGAGAAAACCUUCAAUCAGAAAUCAUUACUUAGGAUACACAAGAAAAUCCAUACAGCAGAGAAGCUGUACAAAUGUACAGAUUGUGACCAAAGUUUCACCUUAGAAAAAUAUCUGAAUGCCCACAGAGUGAGGGCUCACACACGGGAGAGACCACACGCAUGCUCACACUGCAGCAAAACAUUUAUUUUUAAAUAUUCUCUUAUUGAACACGAGAGGAUGCAUACAGAUGAGAGACCAUAUCAAUGCUUGGACUGUGGGAAACGCUACAAUGGAAAAGCUGCCCUUGUCGUUCACCAAAAUACCCAUGCAGGACAGAAAUCCUUUCUGUGUCCUGAGUGUGGUAGGAGCUUCAAAACCAAAUGUGCCUUGACUGGACAUGAGAGACGCCACAGAGGAGUGAAGCCCUACAAAUGCUCGCACUGUGACAAAAGCUUCUAUUGGAAACAUCUCCUUGUUUUACAUGAGAGGAUCCAUACAGGAGAGAGACCAUAUCAAUGCACCGAAUGUGACAAAAGCUUCAGGUAUAGAAACAGUUUGACUAAACACAAAAAGAAGAGCCACGAGACUAUUCUUAAGAGGGAGAGGACUUAUCAGUGCUCCAUUUGUGGCAAAAGUUUCCUUUGGAGACGGAGCUUUAUCAUGCACGAAAGAUCCCAUACAGGAGAGAAGCCCUAUAAAUGCCUUGAUUGUGGCAAAAGUUUCAUGAGUCGUGUGUCCCUUAUUGUUCAUAAGAGACUCCACACAGGAGAGAGGCCUUUUCAGUGUCCUGAAUGUGGGAAAAAGUUCAUUAAUAAACAGGCUCUGAGUAAACACAAGAUAGUCCAUACGGGAGAGAGAAAAUAUUCAUGUAUUGUGUGUCAGAGGAGGUUUUCCAAUAAAGGUAAUCUGAUGAGACACACAAAAAUCCACACGGGAGAGAAACCAUACAGCUGUCCCAUAUGUGGGAAAAGUUUUAUUCAGAAAGUGUGUCUCAUUGAACAUGAGCCAACCCAUAGCAAGGAGAAACCGUAUGUCUGCCCAGAGUGUGGCAAAAAGUUCAAACGCAAUAAAGGCUUCCUUUUCCACAUGAAGAUGCAUAGGGGAGAGAUUCCACCAGAAUCCACCAAGAAAAGCAUUAAUGGUGAGGAUCCCCUUCUUACAAGCAACAAGACCCCAGCCAAAGAGAAAUCCCAUCCAUGCCCAACCUGUGGCAAAAGCUUCCAUUCAAGAUGUCACCUUAUUUUGCACCAGAGAACCCACACAGGAGAGAAGCCAUAUCAGUGCUCAGAGUGUGGGAGAAGCUUCAGUCAACAGUCAUCCCUCAGUACGCACCAGAGGGUCCACACGGGCGAAAAGCCAUCUUUAUGUACCGAGUGUGGGAAGAGCUUCCAUAAUAAAAGCAAUUUAGCCAGGCACCAGAGAAUCCACACAGGGGAAAAGCCAUUCAUGUGCCAAGAGUGUGGGAAAAGCUUCAACCAGAAGGCUUCCUUGGUGGCACACCAGGCAACCCACAGCAAAGACAAACUGUACUCUUGCCCUGACUGUGGGAAAACCUUCAAGCAGAAAGUGUCCCUCCAUAUACACCAGAGAACUCAUACAGGCGAAGAGCCCUAUGAGUGCCCCCAGUGUGAAAAAAAGUUUGUUAGACGUUCCCAGCUUAGAAGGCAUGAAAAGACUCAUGCAGAUAUUUCAUCUUCCGAAACAACCCAAAUAAUUUUGCCUAUUUCUGAGUUGGACAUGGAAACAACAGAAUCUACUGAGAUUGCUGUGGAAAUGUUUAAUGCUACCGUGGUAAAUGUAGAUGGUGAGCUAUUUCUUGUGCAAACUUCACCAUAAAUCUGGAUUGUCUUCAUUGGGAACUGAGCUCAGGUACCACAAUCAAGAUUGGCCUGUCAGCCUGAAAAUGGAGUUUCAUCAGAAUAUUAUAUCUUUACUUAUUUCUGUAUCGUAGUUUUGUUACACAACACUACUGCAAAACAUACUGCGAUCUGUGUGUAGUUAAAUCCUUUCUUUUUAAAAAAGCAAUAAACUCCUUUAAAACACACAUAUAGACACACACAUAAACAGUUUUUUUCUUUGUGCGCGCACACACACACACAGAGAGAAAGAGAGAGUAUAUAUUAUAUUUAUAUGUUUCCCAAAAAAUGUAUGUCUUUUCCAAGCCUAGUGCCCUCCAUAACAAAAGCUUCUUAUUGGGUUUUUUUUUUUUAAAUUAAUGUUAAAGUUAAGUUCAACCUUGAACUUGAGAAGGGUGCUAGAUUGAGAAAGCCUGAUUUGGGUGGAAAGAAGCAAGGGUGGAGGUGAAAUUAAUCCUUCACCAUAUAUAUAUAUAUAUAUAUAUUUGAUUGAAAUAAUUUUGGGCUGGUUGAUUUUGGCCAUUGCAGUCUCUCAGUAUUGACCUUACUGAUUGUGACAAUGACUGUGAGCAUGAAUUACCGGGAAGGAGAGCAAUAGACUAUGCACCUUACAAGGAAAGAUACUGUACGAUGUCCCCACAGAUGCUUGCCUCCUGAGUCUUGGAAGCCCCAAGGAUGCUGAAUGAAUCUCUCUGUGAAGAAGGUUCCAGAAGGCCACUAUGCACUGCAGCUUUUAUGGUAGGAGCAUUCGCAAAACAGACAUUUUACCCUGCCUGUACAGUCAUAUUAAGACAAUGCUCCAAUCUAUCCCACCUUUAAGGUCCUGAUAGAAAACCAAUUAAUCAGUUGACAUUAAUCUACUACUAUUCACCCUUCCAGGUUUUUUGAAUUGUUCCCCCCCCCCAUCCAACAGAGCCAUGUAUAUGAGAAAGCAUUUCCCUGCCCUCAUUUGACUGAAUUUGUAGGGGGGAAAACUCUUGCUUUGUGGUUGUUUUCUUUAAAAUGAGAUGCUGCUCCCAAUGCUUCUAAUUAUUUUUGUAUAUUGGUAAGAGAUUAUUUUGGAUUGCUGACUUUCUUGGCAAAAUAAACUGACGUUAUCUGCA